CUCGAAGUGAACUCGGUCUUGAGAAGACGCAUUUGGAGAAGCGUGAAAAUUUUAUUUAAAAUUUCUUUUAAAGAGCAAAAGUUAAAAAAGAAGGAAGGAAGUUGUGAUCUUAGUGGAUCAUAUCCUACAUCUAUGAAAACAGUGUUAAAUGACAUUUUUUGAGAUAAAAAGAUUUUAUUAAAAAAACAUAAUUAAAGAAAGCAAAUAUUCUGAUUUUAUAGACAAAUCCAUUCAUAAAAGAAAAAUUAAAAGAGAUGUGAUAAGAAGAACUUUUGUGAAAAAUAAUUUAAAAAGUGGAAGGAAAAAUUUUAUUAAGCAAGUCAAGCAUUGAUUCAUUCACAAUAUCUCCGCAUUCAAAUCGUGUUGAGCACGCGAUAAGAAAGGUUGUAAAAAAAACUGUGAACUGAAAAUUGGAAAUUGAUUAAAAAGUCAUAAAAAUAUUCACAUAAUAAAUCAAGUCGGGUAGUAGUAGAAUUAAGGUCAAGCUACUGGCUACGCAAGAAAAAAAAAACAAUAAAAUUGAAUCUGAAGUGUGAAUUGGAAUCAUUUUAUAGCCUGAUUAUGGCUACUUUACUCUAUACGAUAUUUUCAUUCACCGCCGGUGCGAGUUUACAUUGUGCUGUGCGACCAGAAAUAUCACCAUGCACCUGUGCACCCCACAACAUGUAUGCUAACACGAUUAGUGUAACGUGCGAGAAAAUGGAAUCUUUUAAUCAUGUCGUAAAUGUUUUGCAAAAUAAAUUUACACCUGAUUUUCAAAUUUGGCUGAGAAUUACACAUUCUCAAAUGCUUGAUUUUGACACGCGACAAUUUGCUGAGAUGAACAUGAAUAUUAAGAAUUUACGAUUGAACUUCAACAAUUUAAGUUCAGUGCCAAUGGAGACCUUUCAAAAUCUAACAAAAGUGGAAGUCCUGAGUCUGUCUGAUAAUGCAAUCCAAGAUAUACCGAGGGAAGCGUUUGAGCAUAUGCCAAAUUUAGGGACAUUGGAUAUAGCUCGCGGGAAGAUAAGAACUAUACGAAGUAAUGAUUUUGGGAAAUUAAAAAAUCUGCAGACCCUUGUUAUAGCAUCAAAUGAGAUUGAAUUACUAGAGAAAGAUUGCUUCCCGGUGACACUUACAAGCUUACAUAUUGGACGAAAUAAAGUUCCAUCACUCAAUGGCACAUUACAGCAAUUGACAGAUAUGAAAAUGCUCUUUAUUAAUGGAAAUAAUUUGAAAACAUUAGAUGAUGAGUUGCCCGAUGCACCGAAGCUUAUUAUGUUGAUGGCAUCCCACAAUCAUUUAGAACGAUUGCCAAAAACAGUAAAGAAUCUCAUUGCACUCGACACAUGUUAUUUCAACGACAAUCGUUUGCGUUCAUUGGAUGGAUUAUUUUCGCAUCGUAGCUCCCUCGUGAGAUUGUAUUUGGAAAAUAAUGAUAUUGAAUAUCUUGCACAGGACGAAUUUCUUAAAUCGGAAAAUAUUGAUGAGAUACAAUUGGCAUCGAAUCAAAUUUCCUCAUUAAACAAAUCUCUGCUGUAUGUAACGAAUUUACGUUAUAUGAAUCUCAGCCACAACAUGUUACGUGAAUUUUCUAUGCCUGAGAUUUAUGGCUUAAUGAAGCUUCGUCUUCUGGAUUUGUCACAUAAUCGUAUUGAGAAGUUGACAGGCAGAAAUGGAAAUAUUGCUGAGAUGCCAUCACUUACAUUACUUACGCAAUUGUUGUUGGGAAAUAAUUUAUUGAAAUCACUCGAUGGAGUCUUAGCGGGACUUGGAAAUUUAAGACGUCUUAUUUUGUCAGAUAAUUUGCUAGAAAAUAUUCAUGCUGAAGAUUUUGAGAGGAUGGAAGAAUUGGAGAUUCUCGAUUUGUCUCAAAAUCGAUUAAAGAGUUUGGAAGCGUUCUCAAAGGCAUACCUUCCAACAUUACAACUAUUGAAUGCAUCACACAACUUGAUGACAACAACAGGAAAAGAUUUUCAUGGUUUGCCAGUCUUAUGCACUGCUGAUUUAUCAAACAAUGAAAUUGCAUCUAUGGGAGUUGAGUUGGUAUCCAAUACUCGAUGUUCGAAUCAUGGCGUUGUUGCUAAAUUGGAAAUUUUAUUGCAAGAAAAUCCAGUUUUGUGUGACGAGAACCUCCCACAUUUAGUCGGAAUGUUUGAAAUGUAUCAUGCACGAUUGACCGGAAUUGCAACAUGUAUUGUACCACAACAUUUACCAAUUCCCGUCGAUUCAAUAUCCAACAAUUUGUUACAACAGCCCCCAUUGGAACUAUUGGCUAGUAUUAUGCAACCGAAUCAACUUCAUCCUUUAUCACCAAAUCAAAUGUCAAUGAUGCAAGCACCAUCAAUUGUACAAAUUAUUGUUCCGGCUAAUUCAAUUCCCGUACAUGGAAGUCUUGUUGAUAAGCCAAACAUAGCACCAAUAUCAACGACUGCAGCUACAACACAAAAUAAUAAUAAUAAUAAUGAUCUAAAUGAUACAAGAAAUGAUGAUGAGUUUGAAUUACAGACACAAGAGCCAUUACGUUCAUCAAUUCCACAAGCAUCAACGACACCAUAUCAGGAAGUCGACAGAGAAGACGAUAUUGAUGAAAUGGUAUUAAAUGAAGAGGAUAGUAGUGAUUAUCAAGAGAAUGAAGAGAGAUCAAAGAAGCAACGUGAUAGAUCUGAUUUUAGAUAUGUAGAGUCAUUCGAAGGUGAGAAAUCAAAUAUUCCAAUGCGAAGGUAUGAGCCAGAUUCUGAAUCAGAAUUAAAGAAUGUAAUUAACGAGAAUUUCUCACAAAUUCCAUCAGUACUUCCCGUGCCUAAAGCACUAAGUUCACCGAAAGAUACUUCAUCGUCGACUGAACUCCUCGAUGAGCCACCCGAACCGAAUCAGGAUCACAGUACAUCCGAUAUAUAAAUGUAUUCGUAUCGUCUCGUCCCGUCUAAAUAUGUGUGUGUUUACCUACAAAUUUACGUGUUUUACAAAACUUGAUAUCGUAGUUAAUGACUAACCUACACAAAAAUGAACUUACCUACUAUUUACUUAUGAAAUUACAAGUAUAUUUAAAUGAUAAUGAUUAAUUAUAGACAAGGAUAUAUAAAGUCAGAAACAAAUUGAACACAUAACUUAAAUGAUUUUAUUUGUUACACGAAAAUUGACUGAUGCGAGCUAGAAACUUCCACAAUUGAGCUAUUACUAUGAAUAUAUGUCAAGAAAUGAAUGUCAAAGACACAAGCUUAUAUUUUGUCAAGCUAUGUCUUAAGUGAAGGGUAAUCAAUUUUUUAAAAUGGAAGUUGUGGAUUUGAUUCGAGUUAGCUCCAGUCAACUUAAGACGACAUUUUAUACUAAAUCGGAGUUAUACUUCGAGUUCUAAUCUGGAACUAACCACAUGUUGUCCAGAAUAAAUCUUAAUGUAUCCAUUAACAGGAUUGAUAUUUGUUUAACUGGGUAAAGAAAAGCAAAGAUUGACCAAGAACUCAAAUUGAUAUUAAACUCAAAGGUUAAUAUUUUGAGAUUGUGGAACGACUUUUUCGUCAGAAAUGGUAAUAGACCGUGGAAAUUUAUAUAUAGAAACGAAAAAAAAGCACAUCCUUCUUAGAUGUAUAAUUAAAUGUUGAAAAAACAUAUUUAUGUGUAAAUGAAAGAUAACCUUAUGAUCAUAGCGUAGACUUAAACAAAACAAAAGUGACGUCGUGAUUCAGAGAAAGCUUAUCGAGUGUUGGGUUUACAAUGAAGUGAACUCAAAAACUUGAAAGCUUAAAUUGAUAUUUUGUAAGAGAAUUGUUUUUCGUGACUUGGAUGUGGAUUUUUGCAAAUUGCAUGAGAUUUUUUAGUGUUAUCACACGAUAUAUGCCAUAAAUUAUAU